AAAAUUACGAUAAGUGUAAUUAAAAAGGUACAAUAAACAGUAAUGACUCGCCUGCAAUACUAGGAGAACAGAAUCGAGACCGUUUGGCCUUUCGACCGUUCUUAGGUGUGGCUCCUCCGCACAGCAAACGCUUGAGUGGCGUUGACUUAAAGUUGUAGUUUCAAUUGAGCGUCUAGACGAGUCAGAACCGGGAUGAAAUGUUUACCGUAUAUAAUUUGCUACUGAAAGUUUUACGCACGUUUGAAAAUUUCGAAUUCGUGUUUUAUUUUUUCAAUGCUUAACUUUACGCAAAGAUUUUAAAUCUAAAUCGUUAUUUAAGAAAUUCAAUUCGUUUUUACGCAUAUACGCAUGUUAUCUGGAGCACUGGUUUUGGUGACUGCAAAGGUUCGACACUCCCAGCAGAUGAAUGCAACACCACUUCAUCCCUGGGUCAUAGCCAAUAAAGAUGGUAUGGUAGAGGCAGCACAUUGCGACUGCAAGGCUGGUCUCAGGGAGACAUGUAGCCAUGUCGGAGCCUUGCUUUUCCACAUAGAGGCUAUACAUCGCCUCAUGUCCCGCAAAACUGUGACACAGGAAAAGGCUUACUGGUCCAUGCCUAAAGCAGUCGACAAGGUGCCCUAUGCUGAAAUUCGGGAUAUCGAUUUUACGUCUGUGUCAACCAAAAAAAGGCGUCUUGACAGUGUUAUUAAUGGUGAGGACGUUCAACAAGAGCGACAACCUUUGAAAUUGCCAUAUGUACCUGAACCGACCGCACUAGAAAGGUGGGAGUUGUUGCGAGAUUUGCAUGCCGCAAACACACAUUCGUCGGUUCUAACUGUCUCGUCUGGAUUCCAGGAUGAAUUAAUACCGCACAUUCUUCAAGAUGGAAAUCUACCUCAGCCCCUUGUGGAUCUACGGGAUGACAGGUAUUUAGAUAUGUCCCCGGAAGCUCUGAGAGCGCACUGUAUUGAGCUCAGUAGAACUUUAACCGUGACUGAAGAGCAGGCAAUAAAUGCCGAAAGGCUCACUCGAUACCAGAGCAAAUGUAAAAAGUGGUUUCGCUUUCGGUUAGGAAGAAUAACUGCUUCCAUCAUGAAAUCUGUGUGUACAACAAGCAGCGAGAAUCCUGCCUUAUCAACUGUCUUGGCUUAAUGCAGUACCAAGCGCUUCAGAUCGAAAGCCACUGACUAUGGGAUUAAACAGGAAAACAUUGCUCUGAAGGAAUAUGAAAAAACGAAUGAGGACAGAACACGAGAACUUUACCAUAACAAGAUGUGGACUGUGUAUCAACUCAGAGUACCCUUACAUUGGUGCAAGCCCUGGAUGGUUUUGUGAAAUGUGAUUGUUGUGGUGAAGGUCUGGUUGAAAUAAAGUGCCCUUUUACUGCAAAGGACCAUGGCCUUGCUAAUAUUCUAUAUCUAUGUGAUGGCAAGCUUAAGGACAGUCACAAGUACGCGUACCAAGUGCAGACACAGCUCCUUGAUUAUUGUGAUUUUGUUGCAUGGUCUCCAUCGGAUAUAUUUGUUCAAAGGAUUGAACCCGAUAUUAAACUGGGUGAUGAAAUUGUAGAAAAAUCACAGGCCUUUUUCACUCAUGCUGUUUUACCUGAACUGACAGGAAGUCUGAUUUCCAGAGAAAGGCUGCAUAAGCAAACUCCGCGGACAGGACCAUUGUUCAGUGAUG